AUGGAGUCUGGACGGCUUUUCUUUGAUGCCUGUGCUUCUCGCGGGAACACCAACAUGCUCUUCCUCGGCAACACUGAACUCGCUUUUCGAGGGAGAUCGAUGAUGAGCUUGGAGGAAGCCUCGAAGAGGCGACCUUUCUUCACCUCACCAGAUGAACUGUAUGAUGAGGAGUAUUAUGAGAAGCAGAUGCCGGAGAAGAAGCAUCGCCUCAGUUCUGAACAGGUCCAUCUGUUGGAGAAGAGCUUUGAGGAAGAGAACAAACUGGAGCCUGAUAGGAAGACCCAGCUGGCUAAGAAGCUGGGAUUGCAACCAAGGCAAGUGGCUGUGUGGUUUCAGAACCGCAGGGCUCGAUGGAAGACCAAACAGCUUGAAAGGGAUUAUGAUGUUCUCAAGUCUUCAUACGAUACCCUACUUUCAUCCUAUGAUUCAAUUAUGAAGGAGAAUGAGAAACUCAAAUCUGAGGUGGUAUCCUUAAAUGAGAAGCUUCAAGUUCAAGCUAAAGAGGUGCCUGAGGAACCAUUAUAUGACAAGAAAGUUGAUCCACUUCCAGCAGAAGAUAUUGCUCCAAUUUUCAGCACAAGGGUGGAGGACCACCAGAGUAGUGGAUCUAUUGGAAGUGCAGUGGUGGAUGAGGGCAGUCCACAGCUGGUCGUUGACAGUGUUGAUUCGUACUUUCCAGCUGACAACUACGGUGGCUGUGUGGGCCCAGUUGAAAGGGUUCAGUCAGAGGAGGAGGAUGGGAGUGACGAUGGGAGGAGUUACAUGGAUGUUUUUGUGGUAUCUGAAACUGAGAAUCAAAACCAUGAGGAAGGAGAGGCAUUGGGUUGGUGGACCAAUAUGUAUUAUGUUGGAUAA